GGGUUCGUGGCUGUUGGGGGAACCGGCUCCGGGGGAACAGUCCCUUCCAGGGUGGGCACCGUGGGCAGGCCGCCGGCCGCCCUCGCAGGGGACGCCGGCCAGACGGCCGCGAGUGUCGACGUGCAGUCCGGUGCGCCCCGUACGCCCAACUUUUGAGGCUCAGGAGCCCCGGGUUGCUGCGGUUGGCUGCGCCCCGUAGCGCCCCGGGGGCCGAGCAUCAGCCGGUGGCGCUGCAGCAGCAGCUUGUGGUUUCGUAGGCGAUGCGUCGCCACAGCUCCAAGAGUGGGGUCGCCCUGCCUCCAACGGGCCAAGGCCCCGAGGCUUGUCAAAUGCUCGCUCGCGCUCAGCUGGGCCAGGAUCCCCCCCAGAGAACCGUGCUAGGGGUGCUGACUGAAAAUGAGCAGUACAGGAGGACCUGUGGCCAGGAGAUCACAACGAUCAGAUGUUUUUCUGGAUCAGAAAAUGUCUUCCCUGUGGCUGGGAAGAAAAUGCUCCCUGACCAUGGGGUCAAUGAGCCAGCCAAGCACGGAUUUGAUAUCUACAUGGAUGAGCCUGAACAGCGGGACCGGGACAGCUGCCCAGGGAGAGAGGGGAUAGUAUUUGAGGACGUGUAUGAAGUAGACACAAGCAUGCUCAAGUCAGACCUCCACUUUCUGCUGGAUUUCAACACAGUUUCCCCAAUGCUGGUCGACUCCAGUGCCCACGUCCAGUCGGAGGAAGCAGCAGAUCUUGGCUCAGACGUGAUUAAUGUAACGGAAUAUGCCGAAGAGAUUCAUCGUUACCUCCGAGAAGCUGAAGUAAGGCACAGACCCAAAGCUCACUACAUGAGGAAGCAGCCGGACAUCACAGAAGGCAUGCGCGCCAUCCUGGUGGACUGGCUGGUGGAGGUUGGGGAAGAGUAUAAACUUCGCACAGAGACCCUGUACUUGGCUGUCAACUUCCUGGACAGGUUUCUCUCCUGCAUGUCUGUUCUGAGAGGGAAAUUGCAGCUUGUCGGGACAGCAGCUAUCCUCCUGGCUUCGAAAUACGAGGAGAUAUACCCUCCCGACGUGGACGAGUUUGUCUACAUCACCGACGACACGUACACUAAGCGGCAGCUCCUAAGGAUGGAGCAUCUGCUGCUGAAGGUUCUAGCAUUUGAUCUGACCGUGCCAACCACCAACCAGUUCCUCCUUCAGUACUUACGGCGGCAAGGAGUGUGCGUCAGAACGGAGAACCUGGCCAAGUAUGUUGCAGAACUGAGUCUUCUUGAAGCUGACCCAUUCUUGAAAUAUCUUCCUUCCUUGGUAGCUGCAGCGGCUUACUGCCUGGCAAACUACAUUGUGAACAGGCACUUCUGGCCAGAAACGCUUGCUGCAUUUACGGGCUAUUCAUUAAGUGAAAUUGUGCCUUGCCUGAGUGAGCUGCAUAAAGCCUGCCUCAGUUUACCCCAUCGACCUCAGCAAGCAAUCAGGGAGAAGUACAAGACUUCAAAGUACCUGCACGUGUCCCUCAUGGAGCCGCCUGUAGUUCUUCCUCUGCAGUGAGGGGCAGAGCUGAAGUCACCUACAGAGUACAGCGGCCACCUCAGCAGACUUGCUCUGAAGUCACCUACAGAACACAGCGGCCACCUCAGCAGACUUGCUCUGAAUCGUUUCAGGCUUCUGAAAGUAGGGUCAACUAAUGUCAGCUGUAGAUGACAUCUUGAAGGUGUCAAUGUUAGGUUCUCUUAGACUUUAGUAGUUUGUAAUUUAUGUAGAUAUAGAAGAGCAUUUUAAACGAAUAAACACUUGCUGUAUA